AUGAGUGGUGGGGAGAAUGUGAACAAUCCAGAUGCUAGGGCAGCAGGAGUAGUGGCUUCAAAUGACUUGAAAUCAGUUUCAAAUGAUGAAGAAGGUUUAUUAUUCUUUAAUCAUCAUGAGUAUCUUAUUGACAAAUAUGAACCUUUAACUUCAAGUUCUGGAGGUCCAUCAUUAGUUAUAAAUCAUUUUCCUAAUAUUCAUGCAGCCAUAAAUUCAUCUACAUUUGCUUCUACUAGAAUUGUACGAAUACCCAGAGUUUAUCACACUAUAGAGAGCUCAGAUAGUGUUCCUCAAUUCUCAUCAUAUAUCCCUGGUAGAGAACCAGCAUCAAUUACAUUGGAUACAGAAAAUGAAUAUAUUCCAUUUGGAAGAUUUGAUGAUAAUAUGUUUGGCCAAACGUCAUUAACUCCUUUAGUUCCGGAUUUGAUUGGCGAAGAUGAAUAUAUUGAGAUUAUUACAACCAUCAAUUCAUAUCUAUUAGAAGCAUUCAACCCAUACAACUUAUAUAAUAUUAUCGAUAGUAUUUUUGACUUUUUGACAGGCGGGCUUUUGUCAAUGACAAUGGAAUCACUAAGAUGGCGUUCGUAUUCAAAGCGUAAACUAGCUGAUUUAGAUAAAUACAUAGAUCAAGAAAUCAACCAAAAACUUUUCAAAAACAAAGAUGGUCUUCAAUUAAUAUCUCCAAGGUCAAGUGGCUAUUUAUCAGUAAGUAUCCAGUUUAAUGUAAUCUAA